ACUAAACCAGCGAACAGUCAACAACUCUCAGCUGAUAGCGCUUUAAACACAAAAUUUAAAGGGAACCAUACACUACAGAUGAGACAAUAAGUAAAAGUUGUGAUAUUUUUUGAGGUUAAGUGUGUUUUGUGUGUGUGAAUUAUUGCGAGAGGAGUAGGAGUAUAAGGAGAACAUGGACUUGUAUUGUUGCGAAAAGCCAGAAAAUGAAGUUCGAGCUUACGACGACCCGACAAUUUUACAUGAUAGAGUACUUAAAAAUUUACUCAAAACCGAGGAUAGAUACGUGUUGCCGUUCAACGCCUCUCUUGCGAAAACUCAAAAAGAAGUGACUGAAGAGAUGCGGAAGAUAGUUGCGGAGUGGAUGAUGGAGGUGUGUGAGGAACAAAAGUGCCAGGAUGAAGUUUUUUCGUUAGCAAUGAACUAUAUGGACAGAUUUUUAAUGUGUUGUUCAAUAAUGAAAAGCCAGCUACAGUUAUUAGGAACCACGUGUUUAUUAUUAGCGUCAAAAUUCAGGGAAUCCACUCCUUUAGCUGGAGAGACUUUAGUGUAUUAUACAGACCAUAGUGUUACAAAGCAGCAACUUUGGCGAUGGGAACUUCUAGUCUUGAGUCAACUAAAAUGGGAUAUAUCAGCCGUAACACCCCACGAUUUCCUUAAACACCUUUUUAACAGGCUGCCCCCUUUAGAAGAAAAAUGGAACAUCAGUUAUGAGAUGGUCCAGAAACAUGCCAAAACCCUUAUUACCCUUUGUGCCAGAGAAUUCACUUUUUCAAGGUACCACCCAAGUAUUAUUGCAUGUGCAAGUAUAGCGUCUGCAUUGUGUGGUGUAGGAUGGAUCUACAAAAGUGGCCGUAGUCUAGAAGACCUCUUACAGAGACUGACUGAAAUAACAAAUAUAGAAAAGGAUUACAUCCAACAGUGCUUAACACUGAUCGACAAGAUGAUCAGAGACUCAUCCUACUUAGAACAAGAAGUCCAAAGCCAAGAAGUUGUGACGUCGUACGACGCCUCGCUGAGACCUGGAGAAUCAACUCCUCCCCCUAUGGAGAAGAACCAGGAGCAUAGCACCGCUUUAACUCCUACGGAUGUGCAUGACAUUCACUUUUGACAAAAGAAAUAAAGUGCCAGUGAUAUAAAAUUUAACUAGAGCUUCCAUAUACAUUUUUAAAAUUUUAAUUCGUACCUUAAAUAGAAAACUUUAUUUUUUAAUAAUUUUCUGUGCGGUAAUGAGGUUUGGAAAUUGGAUCGACUCGCUUAUUUUAAACACAAAAUGGUUACCAUAAGACGGCAACUUUCACUAAUGCAUUUCAACUUUUCUUACCUUCUACUUGUAAUUUUUGUACAAACCCGUAACGAUUCCUAAUUUUGUUAUCUUUCAUAGUCAAUUCCGAAAACUUGAAUUACAUUAUAAUUGUCCGUUAGCCAUUUUGUGAUCGGUGUAUAAUAUGACGUGCGAUUUUCUGUGACUGGAUCUAUUUUCCCAAACUCGAAGCGUGGGCGUGCAGGAUAAAAUAGAAGAGAGGAAUGAUAGAAGAAUAAAAUGAAUGAUGAAAUGUCAUGAAAAACUUCGGGGGAAGGCAAUAAAUUACGCUUUAAGUGAGAAACAAUAGUGUAUAAAGCAUUUUUGGUUAUUUUUGAAUUGCAGGAACAGACCAAAACACUACUUUUUAUUAGAAUUCACUAAAUAAACUUAUCUGACAUUAGUAAUAUUUUUAAAUGAGGUCAUAAUAAACCACCCGUUAGAAUAUAACCGAACCUAACCUAAAAAUCAACUUAACAACUCUGAAAUCCUUCUUAAAACAAAAUAAUUUUAUUUUUAAUAGAAAAAUGCAUUUUUGUCUUGUGCAUUACGUUAGUUACCACUUUUGUUCAUAAAAAUUUUAAAUCAAAAUGAUAAAAAUGGUUAAUGUUUCAGUCUGGUCCUGCGCCAAAAGCCUAGAACACUGGGUGACCUUAAUUGAAAUCUUUGAAACUUCUUAGUCAUUGUACAUACAUAAUUUUUGUUCCUGGUUUUGAUUUUAUCCAAAUCGGUUGAAAUCAUAGUUUAUAAAUUAUUUACCUAACACUUCAAUAUCUGAAUCUGUUGCACAAAUUUUGUAUAUACUACCAUAUUACACGUUAUGUUGCAUUUACUCUAAAAUUAUUGCUUGAAUAUUUCAUUUGGAAUAAAAUUUUGAUGUUGAAUAUAAAAUUUUCAAUUUAAACUCUCAAAUCUAACCUAACAUGUAUUCAUAUCAUUGCUGUGAUCAUGAAAUCGUCAAAAAUAUUAGAAUAUUUUCAAAACUAUCUGUACUCUAAAAUAUAAUUAUUUAAUUACCAGUAAAAAUUAUUUUGGAAUCUCAACAUUUAAAAGAAAGAGAAAUUGUGCAACAGACAAUACUUCAAAGACUGUAACUUUCUCUUUAAAGAGACUUCUCUUUAAAGAGAAGUAGGUCUAAGUCCAUAAGAUGUAAUUAAAACAUUUUCAUUGUUUUAACAGAAUUAUAAAAUAAAAUAAUUUAUAAAAGUAUUUAUUUAGAUAUAUUAAAAAGUUGGAUUUGUGUUUAUCGCUGUUAUAAAAUACAAGCAAAUUCAAAUUUUACUUACCUAGAAAUGGUUUUUAGUUCCCACAACCUUUUUGAGUUUUAAUUAAUUAGUUUUAUUUUACAGCUAGGAUUUUGUAAAUAAUUUAAAUUUUACUGUGAUGUGUAACUAAACCCCAAUUUAUUUUUAUGGACUUAUUCCUCUAUUUACGAC